UGUAUCGAAAAUCAUAUCAUCCACCUCAACAAAUUAUAUUUUAUUGGUUUUAUUAUUAUUAUUUUGAACUGUGUCUACAAUGUUUAUUGCUUACAGUAACAGUAUCAAUUAAGUAUUUCCAAAUUAGCAAUUUUAAUUAACGUGCAUAUAAACACGUAAUACCAUAAUACAUAACAUUCACGAUGAAUUUCGGCGGCACAUUGAGGAUAAAUAAGUUUGCUUGUUUUACCGUGAUUUUUAUACUAUUUGUUAUUAUAUACUGGCGGUCCGGAAGCAACAGUUACCCAACAGACACGAGUGAUUUUGUCAAUUUGAAAUACUUGCUUAAAGGCGCUAUACAUGCAGCCGAGAGGGGUGGACUGAAAGUAACCGACGGUAAAAACCAUGAGCUGAAUGUAAAGAGUAAAGGGAAGACUCAGGAGGGGGCGAAUGACCCAGUAACGGACGCGGACUAUGCAUCUCAUUGUGCAAUGUAUUAUAGUUUGAAGAAGGCGUUUCCAAAAGUAACUGUGGUUUCCGAAGAGCACUCGAAAGGAGACCCUGAUUGUGAAAAACAGGAGCCUAUGGACGUAGAGGCUAUGAUGCUGUCACAGAAGUCUAUAGAAAACUUGCUUGAUGAACAUGUUAUGGCUAAAGAUGUGACAAUAUGGAUUGAUCCUUUAGAUGCCACUCAGGAGUAUACAGAGGCCCUGUACAAGUAUGUGACAACUAUGGUCUGUGUUGCCGUAAAGGGAGUACCUGUUAUUGGAGUAAUACACUACCCAUUCCCUCCUCAGACUUACUGGGGGUGGAUGACCAAGCAAACAUCAAGUAACAUUGCCAAAGUGUUAUAUAAAGAAGAAAAUAAAGAGAAGCCCCGGGUAGUUGUGUCACGGUCGCAUCCUGGCAGAGUGGAACACAUCGCUAAAGAGGCUUUUGGACCAAAGACUACGUUUGACAAGGCUGCCGGCGCAGGUUAUAAGGUGAUGGGUGUUGUCAAUGGUACGUACGACGUGUACCUCCACGAGACGGCGAUAAAGAAAUGGGACCUUUGCGCUGGCGACGCGAUCAUCAAAUCCGUAGAUGGCAAAAUGACCACAGCUAAAGGAGAUCUCAUAGACUACUCAGCAGAUAGCCCAGUCAAGGUGACGGAAGGCCUUCUAGUGACGAGGUUCGACCACGCUUAUUACCUGAGCAAAUUGCCCAAUAUUCUGUCCGCUACGCCUUAAGAUUGUGCCAAUGGACUUAUUGUGAUGUGAUAAAAAUUAAGAAUCAGGUUGACUAUGACGCUGUGUGACGUGGAUAUAUAAAACCUAUGGGACGUGCAGGUCAAAAUGGAAUAGCUCAUUUGUACAAUAGGGCUACCACGGCCACACAAGCUCGCAUCUGUGCGGGGCGGAAAGUUUCCCUUGUAUAAGCAGUAUUGUGUUGUUUAUUCUAUGUCAGACGGAGCGGAGUAAUCAUAGCGAGCGAGUGAGAAUGACUCUGUCGCUUUCUCGCUCACUGCUAUUAGUUAAUUCGGUCUCUAUUCUGCUUUUAACGGUUGUCAUACUACCCAAUCCAUCGCGCCCGAUGCGUCAAGGUCACGGGCUCGGCGAUCGGGAUCGUGUGGUCUAAUAGCAAAUUGGUGGGCGUAACCAUGGUAACCGUGGUUAUAAGCCCUCACGGGGCAUUGCAGACUCAACAAGCACCUACAUAGAAUGGAGCUGACCAAGUCCCUUUAUGCAGAUUGUGUUUAAAGGAGGACAGUAGAAGCUGAGCACUGGGGGGCCACAUGAUGGAUCUCCAGGAGGUCAUUUAGCUUCCUCCCAAAAAGACGCUCGAUCUAAUCGAACGGAUUGGUCUAGAGGAGAAGUUUUAAAUGUACGUAUUUGGUCACAAUAGAACUUGCUAGGUCGCAGUGGCCAUUCGGGCUGCAUCAGUUCGAGUCCUCUCAAACUCAAAUAAUAAUAAUCUGCAAUAGUCCUACACGAACCGGGGAUUGUCGGAGAUGCACUCCCAUAGUGCAUACAGGGAUAAUCACCGGUUGGUGUCACACAACAUUUAGAGUAAAUUGUCUUAAGGGGCCUCUACGUGUAGGCUUCGGCCCCACACACGCCUUCCAAAUAGGCCCGAGACUGUUGUCAAGAUCGCGUCAAUGUGACAGUUCUUAUAUAAAAACAGGGACUUGAGUAUGGUCUAGAGGGCAGUCUCGGCUGAGAUUAGUUUAUUAAUACCACCCCUAGAGACCGCCUCCAUAAGAUACCAACCCCAUAUUAUGGUUAUAUCUUGAAAAUUAAUAGUUUAUCAACUUGUUACGAAUGUUAGAUCUUUUUAAAAAUAAUGACGUAAGUAAAUGAGGAAUUUUCCAGGCUAUGUUCCUCAAAAAGUACAUAGUUAGCACUGUACAGAUUUGCCUUCGUUUAUCCUUCUAAUUUCAUGGAUAACAGACAUAUGCAUCUUUUAUCUUUGUUUUUGGGUAUACAGGGUGUUAGUGACAUCGUAACGAAAAUUUUGAGGGAUGAUUCAGACCAUGAUUCUGAGUUGAUAUCAAGUGGAAUUUUCCGUCGCAAAAGUAUGGAUAGGAAAAUAAUUGAAAAAAAAAAACACAAAAAAAUUCAUGAAUUUUUUGACAGGAAAUUCCACUUGAUAUCAACUCAGAAUCAUGGUCUGAAUCAUCCCCCUCAAUAUUCGUUACGGUGUCACUAACACCCAUACCUACUUGUAUGGCUACCGUAUGUACUUGUGCGGGGUGUAAGUGACAUCGUAACGAAUACUGAGAGGGAUGAUUCACCUGAUUAUUCUGAGUUAAUAUCAAGUGGAAUUUUCCGUCGCAAAAGUAUAGAAUUGAAAAUAAUUUUAAAAAACUAAAAAAAAUACAUGAUUUUUGCGACGGAAAAAUCCACUUGAUAUCGACUCAGAAUCACGGUCUGACUCAUCCCUCAAAGUUUUCGUUACGAUGUCACUAACACUCUGUAUGUAAAUGAUGACCCUUGUCACUACACCUAGGUAUACAACAUUCUCCAUCCAUUAUUAUUCUGAUCAAAAUGAAGAGAAGCAAUAUAGGCAGCAACACAAUUCUAUACGUAUUUGAUUCAAAUAUCAAUUAACAAUUAUUUUUUUGUCUGCGCCAUUACAUUAUACAUAUAUUUGAUAAAUAAUGUACCCGAGUAAUAAGAAAAUAGGGUAAUUAUCACGUUAAUUCUGAACAGCGCCAUCUAUAUUGUUUUUGGUGAACGUAGCCUGGAAAGUUCCUCAUAAUGAUUUGCAUAAUGUUUUUUUUUGUAUCACAAAUUAUGAACUCGAAUAUUAAUGUAUGAGUUUGUAUGGUUACUUACUAUGUACAUGCUGGAUUACACAUUCAAACAUCGUGGAUUUACUUCUUAUCGUGUGGGUUGUGAGGUGGAUUACCAGCCUCAUCAACCCUGGUUACAGGGUUACUAUUGAUCGGCCAAAGGCCCCUGACAUGACUCAUGUAACGACUACAUUCUUACAUCAGUAAGUGGUAACCGUGAACGACGGCUUAACGUGCCUUCCGAUGCACGGACCAUCCUACUUUCGGGCAAUCAGGUGAUCAGCCUAAUGAAUACUGAGGGGGUUUAUUCAGACCAUGACUCUUAGUUGAUAUCAAGCGGAAUUUCAUGUCGGAAACAUCAUGAAAAUUUUUGUUUUUAAAUUAUUUUCAGUUCCAUACUGUUGCGACGGAAAAUUCCACUUGUAAUCAACUCAGAAUCAUGGUCUUAAUCAUCCCUCAAAGUUUUCCUUACGAUGUCACUAACACCUCUAUAUGAAUUCAAUUGGUUCAAAUAUGGCGUCGCGCGCUUUAUACGGUUGCCAUAACAUGACUGUUGGAAUAGUCAUUUGAAUUUUCAUACAACGCUAAGUAGGCAUUUAAUAAUAUCAAUUAUUAAAUUUAUUAAAAUUUAAUUAAAAUAAUACGUAAACGCGAUACAUUUUAAAUUCAUGAAUUAGGGCUGUGAAAUUUUGAAAAUAUGAUUUUCCUUGAUAGCAGAUUUUUAAAAAAAGGUUUAGCUAGCAAAGGCCCUGAAUUUUCAGUCGUUUUGCUAGCUAAAUUAGUAUGUGUUUAUAAGUAUAGUUAUAAAUGUAAGUUCAUAACAAAUUCAAAAAAUGUAAAAUCUAGGAAAUGAAAUACCUGUUAAUCAUGUGUUGGGUUAUUGAAAUGAGGUUAUUUAAUUAAUAAAUUCCCGGCCUAAAUCUUAAUCGUCGUAAAUCUAUAGUAUUUCGUUUUUAUUAACUAUUUAUUUUGUAUUAAUAACAUCCAAAGGUUGUGGACAGACAGUCUUGCUAUGACUUACCCCUAAUUUUUUUACUUAAUUUAUAAUUUAAAUUGUGUUUGUUAAAUAUUUUUGUACAUUUUCUUAUAUAAUUCUGUCUUUUCUGAUUAAUUUGUGUGUGAAAUCAAAAUCGACUGUAAAUAAUUUAUUGUAUAUAUUUUGUUAAAUAAAGAGA